CUUCCGCCCGAGGAGGACGACGGAGCAGCCAUCGAUUCCCUCCUUGUGACGAUUCAGCACUGACUUGUCAAAAAGCUCUGCACGGAGGAGGAGGCAGUCUGCAGAGCUCCAUUGGAAGCCGUUUUCUUUUGGACUGACAGUGCACUGCAGGGCUACUCAAACUGGUCCACAAACCAGCAGCAUUGGCGUCACCUGGUUAGAAAUGCCCAUCCUCAAGCCCUACCCAAGACCCUCUGAUUUGGAAUUUCUGCAGAUGGGACACAGGAACCUGCAUUUCAGCAAGAUCCUAAGUUCUGCCCUUUUAGGACUCUGCACUUCCCCAAAAGGAAGAAUUAAAAAUGAGCAUGUUCAAGGAAGCAGUGACAUUCAAGGACGUGGCUGUGGCCUUUACUGAGGAGGAGCUGGGGCUGCUGGACCCUGCCCAGAGGAAGCUGUACCAAGAUGUGAUGGUGGAGAAUUUCAGGAACCUGGUCUCAGUGGGGCAUCAGUCCUUCAAACACGAUACAUCACGUAUAGAAAUAGAAGAGAAGCUUUGGAUGAUGAAGAUAGCAGCCCAAAGAAAGAGAAAUUUAGGAGAGAACAAUCAAAGUGAGUUAAGGGCUGUUCAUGACAGAGCAUCUCAUGAAGAGCUUUCCUGCUGGCAAAUCUGGCAACAUAUUGCAAAUGACUUAACCAGAUGUCAAGACUCCAUGAUAGAUAAUUCUCAGUUUCACAAACAAGAUGAUUCCCCCUGCCAGGUUGGGGCAGGGCUCUCCGUUCAAAUUUAUGAAGAUAAUACUGGCAGUCCAGAGUUCCCAACUUUGAGAACCCAGGAUUCUCAGAGGAAAACUUUCCUGACUGAGUCACAGAAUUAUGAGAAUAGAUAUCAGCAAAUUUCCAAGAAAAAUGAACUAUGUCAGUAUAAACAGGGCGUUGACCUCAUCAGUUGGAUUUCUUUUCACCAUGAUGAUCAUAGGAUGCACAAAAGUGAAAAAUCUUAUAGCCCCAAUGAUUAUGGAAAAGACAGCAUGAAGAUUCCAGCAUUUGAUCAGAAUAGGAUGAUUCACACAGGACAGAAACCUUACCAGUGUAACGAAUGUACAAAAACCUUCAACAACCUCUCCAGCUUUGAUCUUCAUCAGCAGUUACACCCAGGAGAGAAGUCUCAUACACGUAUUGAGUGUGAAAAAGGCUUCUGUUAUAGCUCAGUUCUUCAUGUUCAUCAGAGAAUUCACAUGGGAGAAAAACAUAAGUGUGAUGAGUGUGGUAAGGAAUUUAGUCAGAGGUCACAUCUACAAGCCCAUCAAAAAGUUCACACUGUGGAGAACCCAUACAAGUGUGAGCAGUGUGGGAAAGGUUUCCGUCGUAGAUCAACACUUAAUGUUCAUUGUAAAGUUCACACUGGAGAAAAACCUUAUACUUGUGAGGACUGUGGGAGGGCCUUCAGUCAGGCCGCUCACCUUCAGGACCAUCAGAGACUCCACACUGGGGAGAAACCAUUCAAAUGUGAUACAUGUGGUAAGAGCUUCAGUCGGAAUUCUCAUCUUCAAUCCCAUCAGAGAGUCCAUACGGGAGAGAAACCCUACAAAUGUGAGGAGUGUGGGAAGCGCUUCAUUUGUAGCUCAAAUCUGUACAUUCAUCAGAGGGUCCACACAGGAGAAAAACCCUAUAAAUGUGAGGAAUGUGGAAAAGGCUUUAGUCGUCCUUCAAGUCUUCAAGCCCAUCAGGGAGUCCACACAGGAGAGAAAUCAUACAUGUGCACUGUGUGUGGUAAAGGCUUUACUCUUAGUUCAAAUCUUCAGGCCCAUCAGAGAGUCCACACUGGAGAAAAGCCCUACAAAUGUGAAGAGUGCGGGAAGAGCUUCAGGAGAAACUCCCAUUAUCAGGUUCAUCUGGUGGUCCACACAGGAGAGAAACCCUACAAGUGUGAGGUAUGUGGGAAGGGCUUCAGUCAGAGUUCAUAUCUCCAAAUCCAUCUGAAAGCCCACAGUGUAGAGAAACCUUAUAAGUGUGAGGAGUGUGGGCAAGGCUUCAAUCAGAUUUCACGACUUCAGAUUCACCAGCUGAGCCAUACGGGUGAGAAGCCGUACAAAUGUGAAGAGUGUGGAAAGGGGUUCAGUCGUAGAGCAGAUCUUAGAAUUCAUUGUAGGAUCCACACAGGAGAGAAACCCUAUAAUUGUGAGGAGUGUGGGAAAGUCUUUAGGCAGGCCUCAAAUCUUUUGGCCCAUCAGAGAGUCCACAGUGGAGAAAAGCCGUUCAGAUGUGAAGAGUGUGGGAAGAGCUUUGGUCGGAGUGCACACCUUCAAGCUCACCAAAAAGUCCACACUGGAGAAAAGCCUUACAAAUGUGAGGAGUGUGGGAAGGGCUUCAAGUGGAGCUUGAAUCUUGACAUGCACCAGAGGGUCCACACGGGAGAGAAACCAUAUAUGUGUGGGGAGUGUGGGAAGCGCUUCAGCCAAGCCUCAAGUCUUCAGCUUCAUCAGAGUGUCCACACUGGAGAGAAACCGUACAAAUGCGAUGUGUGUGGUAAAGUCUUCAGUCGGUCUUCACAACUGCAGUCUCAUCAGAGAGUUCACACAGGCGAGAAACCUUAUAAGUGUGAGAUAUGUGGUAAGAGCUUCAGUUGGCGAUCAAAUCUUACGAUUCAUCACAGAAUCCACGUUGAUGAUAAAUCCUAUAAAAGUAAUAGGGGUAGUAAGAACAUCAGUGAAUCCACCCAGGAAAAAGUUCUAUAAAGUGAUUUUUUUUUUGAGACUCAAGUGUCAUGUGAAUUCUUCCAGUCAUCAUGUCUUGAAAGAAAAGAUCAUUUGUUUCAUUAAAGCUAGUGUUUCAGCCAUAGCGCCUCAUGUCCCGGUUGUCCAGAGACCACACAGCAGAGAACUCUUGUAAUGGCUGUAGUAAAGGCCUCAGUCAGCAUCCUGACCUUUAUCAAAUGUUACUCAGAAGAGAGGCCUUAAAGGAUAAGAGUUUUUUCUGGCCUUUUACAAAAGUUUGAUGAACAUGCCAAAACUAGGGUCCCAUAGAAUGUUAACUCCAUAAAGGCAGAGACUUUGUUCACUACUGAGUCAAGAUGAUCUUAUCAUUGCCAAGUGCUU